AGCUUCGUCUCGACGUGAGGAUCAUUUUGCAACUUGAAUCGUUGAAAUCCGUUACCUGUACUUGGGGUUGAUGGAACUCAUAAGAGACCAAGAAGAGAGACAAAAGUUCCUGACAGGUUAACGUUGUCAGGACAUGUGAAUGCCAAAAAAAAGAAGAAGACCGAAGAUGUCAUAGCAUUUAGAGGGCCAUUACCUCGGGAUCCAAAGCAUCCUCCUCGAGCGGACUUAGAAGAGUUGACGGCUUCUUUCAUGCUAAAAGGCUUGCUAAAAAAUCAUAAAACCGAAGUAGUGCGAAAAUACAAGGCAGGGUAUGAAGAUCUUGUAUUAUGAAAUAGCAAAGAAAUUUGGGCAGAUGGUAGAGUGUCCAAGAAAACAUGGUAUUAUGCAUUUUGGUUUGAUUUCAAUUGGAUCAAAGACUCGCACAUUGAUGUGGUGAUGUACUACUUGCGCGUAAAGGCUAAAGAGUAUGGGCUAAAGCAGAAAUUCAGCACUACUGAGUGCAAAUUUAUGGCCCUAGUGAAGCAGCAGUGUGAUGACAUCUCUAAAAAGAAAUGUUCUUUUGAAGAUUGUGCACUCAAUGAAAAUAUAAAGAGUGUCAUUAUUGGGACUAGUGUGGAAUACGGACGUCCUUGGGCCGAGUGCGAGUAUGUGUAUAUGCCAUUGGACUUUGGACAUCAUUGGGUCCUUCUAGUACUUGACAUUGGUCAUAAGCAAAUCCAGGUUUAUGAUUCGAGGAAUCGUACCGGAGAGGUUAGUAUUAAAUGGGGUCAAUACAUGCAAUGUAUGGAAGUACACUUAGCGAAGUUGAUGGAUUUCUUCGGAGUGUACAAUGAUCGAGUAGAAGGACCAAUUGGAGAUGGAAAAUUGGAAGUCAAUUUCGUUCUUCGGUGCCCACGACAGAAAGAUGGGUACAGUUCCGGAAUUUUUAUACUCAAGAUGGCAGAAAAUUUGAUGAUGGGAAGGGAUGUUUUAGAAGUCAAAGCAAGUGAUGUGGUGCUAUACAGGAAGAAAUUUACAAUUGAGCUUCUACACUACUAUGGAGUUGACUUGAAGUGAAGCUUAAAACUUAUAGUUUUGGGCUAUUAAAUUUGUGAUGUUGAAGGGAUUCCUGAAUUUUUAAUCAUGAAUGUUUUUGUUCUGAAUAUGUGGAGUUUUGUUUGUGGUGAACAUGAAUUUAAUUGUUUAAUGAUUUUUAGAAAUAUGGAAUGUUGAAUGAAUAUGAGAUUACUCAUUGCAUAUAUAUGACAGAAUAUAUGAAGAAGCUUGAAAGUGAUGCAAUGAAGAAGUGCAUUAUAAUGUUUAUUUAUAAAAGUGCACUGCAAUGUAUGAUUUAUGUCGUGUCAUGAAAAUGUUCAUGCCGCUGAAGUUAAGUUUACCUUGUAGUAGUUGUGCAG